GUAUAAAUGAAAUUAUGAAACAAAAAUAAGAAGUAAUCGCAGUCAGUCUUAUCUCUCCUUUCUGAGAUAUUUUCCGGCGCCGGACGGCCAACCUGUGGAAGAAGAGAUUAUUGGAGCUCUUGAGUUUGGUUUCUGCCUCAGAAGUGAAGAUGAUUCCAAUAGAAGCGAACGAUGUGAAAAAAAUUGGACUAGGGUUGACUGGCUUUGGCGUGUUGUUUACAUUAAUGGGAAUCUUAUUCUUCUUUGACAAAGGAUACAUUGCCAUUGGAAAUAUACUUUUCGUAUCAGGAGUUACCUUAACCAUUGGUGUGACAUCAACCCUUCAAUUCUUCAUGAGACGACAGAAUUUCAAGGGCUCCAUUUCAUACGGUGUGGGUUUUCUCUUGAUCCUCAUUGGCUGGCCCAUGAUUGGCAUGAUUGUAGAAACUUACGGUUUCUUCAUUCUCUUCAGUGGUUUCUGGCCGACGUUGUCUGUUUUUCUUCAGAGGAUACCUAUUGUCGGUUUGAUAUUCAGACAACCUAUUGUAACAUCGUUCUUUGAGAGGACCCGAGGCAGAAGAGUGCCAGUUUGAGGAUAUGAGAAAGAAGAAACGCCUAUUAAAUGGCUGAUCAGAUCACACUUGUUGUAGAUACUGUUUCAUCGAUAAAAGAUGAUUUGGCCUUUGUUUCCAUCCAUUUCUGAUGGUAACUGGUAAGUAGGUACAGUAAAAAAGUAUAAGUUGGUGUUGAUUUUUUUUUUUGUUACCAUAGUGGUGAAUUGCGAAAGAGAGAUGUUGUUAGUUGUCACUAUUAUUUUCGAUAGAAAACUUAGAACACGAUUCGUAUAUGUUCAAUUGAGCAAUAGAUAUGUGCCUCCUGCUUA